ACACACACAAUGGCACCUCGACGACGGCAAUCGUCUUCUUUCGUCCAAGCCAUAAGUUAGCUCUUGCUAUAGCAAUCCACAGACAGCAAUAAGAUCAAUACGCUGCCGUACAGUACAGUAUUCACCAUGAGCAGCGGUAGUCCCACUAUGGAAUCCGAAGAGGAGUUGAUGGUGCGUCUACAGUCUCAAUUUGGAGACUUGGACUUGACCAAUUUAUUGCUUGCAGGCAACACUGGUACUACUAGUAACAACAAAGAGAGCGACGACGAGAGCAGUAGCUGUGCGGCAGAACCCACUCCGGAAGAACUUCGUGCCUGGCAAGAAGCCCAAUACCAAAAGGGCCAAGCGGCAUUACAAGCCAAGCGAGACGCGACCAAGAGUGCCGUCCAACGUCGUCGUGAAUGUCUAAAAGAAGAGCAAGAGGAUGAUUGGGAACAAGUUCCGGCGUUGCCGCAAUUAUUGAACCAGGAAUCCGUCUUUUUUCCACGCAAUGAAAAGGAAACGGAGAUUCUGGGAGUGCAUCCCCUGUUGCAGCAAUUGUGUACCCAAAGUAGCGCCGCGGAUAUUUUGGGCACUCCAUGGCACCUGCUGUACUCGAGUGCCCAAGGUGAUGGACUCUCCUUUCUUCGUCUCAUGGCCAAAGUUCAAGGAUAUCCCGGACCUACCGUUCUGUUGAUGGGAGCAAUCCCUUCCCCCAGUAAGGCGUUGCAUAGUUCCAACAAGACUACUUCUGCUUCUACUACGACCAUUGGUUUCUUUACCACUUCUCCCUGGACAGAAUCCAACACCAUGACGGGAUCUUCCGAUUGCUUCUUGUUUGCCUUUCAAGAAGAAGACAGCAGCACUGACAAUAAUAAGGUGCACUUUUUCCCACCCAAAAAGACAAACUCCAAGAUCAAAGAACAACACUACAUGUACUGCCAUUCAUCCUCCACCACGCGCCCCAAAUCCAACACGGAUAUCCACGGCUUGGGAGUCGGUGGGAACGGAAGUAGUCCGGCACAACUGCGACUCUACUUGACGGAAACGUUGGAGGAAUGUCGUGCUCUGGACUACUGCACGCUCUUUGAACCCGGCGAUUUGUUACUGGGAUCCGCCCAAGAUUCUCUCAAUUACUUUGACGUGACGGCACUCGAAGUCUGGGCCGUGGGAGGAGAGAAGUGGAUAAAGGAAAGUCUUGCACAGCAAGCCAAACAACAAGCCAUUGUAGAUGCCAAUCGAGCCAAGGCACGCUUGGUCGACAAACAACGUAUCUGGAAGGAAUGUUUUGAAUCACAGCAACAACAAGCUUACGGAGGUGGCUCCAUGUUGGCAGCUACGGUGCAGGUGGAUGGAUCGCGAUGUGAUGUGUAGUGCGCGGCGUUUUGUUUUGUUGGACGGCAACGAGUUGAUUGAUUGAUUCAAUCCACCCAGUAGGUACUAUACGACCGCCACAACAUGAGUGACGGUCGAGCCCGGAGCUAGAUUUUGUCUGGUAUGAAACCCACCAACCAACCAACCGAUCGAUGUGGGCGGUCGAUCCAGAAUUUUGUACAUGUGCCCCCCUUUUUGCAAAGAGGCCGUCGUCGUGUCCUCGUAAAAGUAUCUAUAUUUGAGCGACUCGACUCGGUCUGUGGAAGCUUUGUUUCAACGGACCGAGCUAGCUAGAGUAAGGAAGUGGUUGCAAGGAAUAGCAUCAUACGGUACUAAAUUACGACCCCAAUUCAUUCC